CGACCUCCUUCCUCCACUCCCAUGUCUCUCGCUUUGGUCCAGUUUGCUUCUCGUUGUCGACAAUGUAGUGGAACGGUGGGACUUCUGAGGUAUGCGCCUCAGAGGCAGUUUCAUUACACGCCCGCCAUCCUGGCUCGUAAGGAGAGGAAGCCUCCCGUACCGACCAAGAAACAGCUCGCAAUUAAGGAGCGGAAGCGGGCGAAGAAGAUGAAGAAAAACGUAUAUGACAACGAGAAGAUGACGCUGGACGACGCGAUUACUGUCCUGCGGGCAGUCGAGGUGGCGUCGCCAAACUCGACGUACGAGCUCGUCGUCAAGACCGAGAUGGGCAAGGGGACCACCAUCCCGAAGGGCCGUUUCAACUUACCCCGAGAAACCAAGGAGCAGAGCAAGGACCGCAUCCUCGUGUUUGCAGAGGGACGGCAGGCUGAGGAAGCAAAGAAAGCUGGCGCCGACAUUGUUGGAGGUCUUGAGCUCGUCGAGGGUAUCAUCAAUGGUCGCCACCAAGCUACUCUUUUCCUGUGUAGCAGUUCCCUCAUUCGUGGCAUCACCCCUAAACUCGGUCGAGUCCUCGGUCCCCGUGGGCUGAUGCCUUCAGAACGUAGAGGCACGGUUACGGAUGACAUCGGUGGGUUUAUUCGGAGGCUCAAGGGUACGAGCGAGUGGAAGGGCGACAAGGAAGGCACCAUCAGGCAGCCCAUUGCCAAGAUGCACUUCCCCGUGAACGAUGUUGUGAAGAACAUCCGAUACUUUCUCACUGUCGUAAAGCGCGCCACGGGCAACAUCCGCGACCCCAAGGCGGAGGCGACCAAGAAGGACACCAGCCAGAAGCCUACGCAAGCGAUCACGCGAGUCCUCCUAAGCUCUCGGCAGGGUCCUAGCAUCCAAAUUGUGGAUGCGUAAGGGAUAUCGCGCUCCUCUUGUCGCUCGCCUACCUUUGUUCUACUCGAUGCUUAUAAUUGGUUUCUCUCUGG